AUGCCGGACAAUAAGUUACAUUUUAAGCCCAAUUGUUUGGGAAAAGAGGUAAGUUAAUGUAACUUUAAGUUCGCUAUUGUUACUUUACUUUACUUUUUUAAAACAACACCUUUUGUAUUUAUAUCUGUUCUAACUAUUUUAAUAUCUAAACUAACUAAAGUCGUUUUUUUAGUUGUGGGACCAAAUACUAAAGCAUGUCACCGCAAUGGAAGAUGUAUGCAGUUUCGCUAUGGUAAAUGCUUAUUACUACAAAGUAGGAGGUAACGAUUUUAAGAAAUUAUGCUUAGAAAAUGCCAUUUUUCGAUUGAAAAAUGAAACAUGGGCUUAUGCGUUCAAACGGUAAGUAAUAUAAAUAUUAUUUUACAGCUUAAACUUUAGUUUUAUUAUGUGAUAAAACGUAUUUGUAUGACUUUAAUUUACACGUUUUUGUUACUGCUGUAUCUAUGUUUUAUGAUUUACAGAGCUGGUUACCGUGGCCCGUUCCCGCCAUCUGAAUUAAAACACUAUGCUUUCUGUGACUCUUCGAUCUGUUGCCCCUACACUGGCAAGAUGGCUGUGAUUGUACGUCUAGCACAUGUAUUAAUUACAAACAUUGACUUUAGCUCAAAAGAGUACCAACUGCUAGACUUUACCGAGUAUAACUAUGUUUCAAAAGUACAAAUAACAAAUAGAGGAAAGCAAAUGAUUGUAGACACUUAUCGUGCUUACAUCGUAUAUGAUUUGACAAAGAAUAGCAUAGUUAGAGUGUACGAAGCUGAAAGAAGUGAUCGAUACAUCUCAAAGUAUACCAUUUACAGAAAUGGGGUACUAACUGAUGUUUUGAACCAAAAAGAGUUCGCGGUUUGUGCAAAAAGUUACUGGAUAAACAUAAAGAAAGUAAAUAACUAUGGCAUCAGAAAGUAUAUCGGAUACGUUAGUGAAGACAACAGGUUCGUACUCAUCGAAACAUCGACAGGCAGAGAAAUGGCGCUGUGCGAGAUAACUAGAGAAGGUAUUUGGGUUGACAUUGAUGAUGACUCCGAUAGUCUGGUUAUACGUAGUAAGUUAAGCAAAAAAACGACAUAAAGUAGUUAAUAACAAUAUACGAUAGUGCUAUAGAACGAUGUAAGGCAGGACAAAGUGGUUGCCCUUCCCAUAUCACCGCUUAUGAUCACUAUCUUUACGGCCAAUUACCUUUAAAGUAAAUCAACAAGUAUUUCAGGAAGAAAAUUUAGACUUUUCGACAUUCGCACCCAAACGAGCAUAAUUGACGUUGAUCUGACAUCUACAAGGCAUCACCUAACAUCUAUCCAAUGCAUAUAUAGUAUUCACCUCAAGAAUGUAAGUUUUUAACUUUUCUUGUAAAGAUCAAGUUCAACUUUUUGAAUGUUUUUGGAUAAACAUCUCCCACUCUGCCUUGGUUAAAGUAAUCUGUGCUUACAAUUCUUUUUAUACUUUCAGUUUAUUUGCUACAACAACCGUAAGAAAAGAUGGGAAGACCUGGGACACUUCCCAUACAUAAGUGUCAAACCCAUUAUGUACUGUGGUACUGACUUUGUACUUCCGAUGAUGUCUUUAUACGAAGCAUGGAAGGAAAUAUCAGAGGUAAAAUACGCACCUUACGUAUUUUACCUUGAUUUCAGUAAAAGUAAGUAUCACGAUUUUGAAGUUUACAAUUUACAAUUUUAGAAUGUAAAGCCCAUACACAACAUAAUGAGUCAGUAUUAUACAUUAGGAUUACAAACAUACUAAUGUUUUAAUUUUCAGGUAAAAUACAAGCAAAGACAGUUGUUAACGUUAAGAGUGAAGAACGAGGAAAGAUUCAUAAACUAUGUGAUAUUACAGUAGAAGACGGCGAUGAUGCUGCUAGUAUCAAGAAAAAGUUCAAAGAAACCAUUGAUUAUAUUACCCGGUCGGAGGUUAGCAAUUCGUGCUGA